AUGCUCAUGACAGUUCUCUUAGUAUCCAGCCGACUGACUGGCGGUCCUGCAAAUCCCGGAUGCUUAUUUAGUCUCGAAGCUGAGGGUAUGAGCGAAGGAUGGAGCGACUGCAUGGCCAUCGCCCUCCGUAUCAAGUCAAAUGAUACCCGAGCAUCUAGCUAUCCGAUUGGUGAAUGGGCUCAAGAUAUCACAAAUGGCAUUCGGCCCUGGCUUUACUCCACCUCAAUGAGCACUAACCCUCUCACAUGUGCCAGUGUGAAUGCUAUGGUAGAUGGACACCAGGUUGGCAAUGUUUGGGGCAAUAUGCUCUAUGAGAUCCUGUGGAAUUUGAUAGAUAAACACGGCAAUACUAACGAACCCGGUCCAACGUUUGAUCAUGGCGUCCCCAACGAUGGCAAAUAUUUGACCAUGAAGUUGGUGAUUGAUGGAAUGGCCUUGCAGCCGUGUACUCCAAACUUUUUACAAGCCCGAGAUGCUAUUCUUGAUGCCGAUACGGUGCUAACCAAUGGUUCAAACCAUCGUGAUAUUUGGAAAGGGUUCGCUAAGCGUGGUCUUGGUCAGGGGUGCAUAUAUAGUGCACAGAACCGGAUCGAUAACUUCAAUGUCCCCACAGGUAUCUGCUAA